GCCAAAAUCCUCAGCAUGAUGGAAGACAAUAAGCACCUCGCGCUCCGCAUCGAUGGGGCGGUCCAGUCGGCCAGCCAGGAGGUGACCAACCUGCGAGCCGAACUCACGGCCACCAACCGGAGACUGGCGGAACUGAGCGGCGGCGGCGGCGGCGGCGGCCCGGGCUCGGGCCCGGGAACCUCGGCCAGCGCCUCCUCCUCGUCUUCCUCCUCCUCGUCCUCGGCGGCGGUGGACGCAGCGGCCGGGAACAUGGAGAACCAUCAGCACGGCGCGCAAGUGCUCCUGCGGGAAGAAGUGUCCCGGCUCCAGGAGGAAGUACACCUUCUCCGGCAGAUGAAGGAUUUGCUGGCCAAGGACCUGGAGGAGUCGCAGGGCGGCAAGUGCCCCGAGGUCCUCUCGGCUACUGAGCUUCGGGUGCAGCUGGCACAGAAGGAACAGGAGCUGGCCAGAGCCAGAGAGGCCUUGCAGGCCAUGAAAGCUGACCGGAAGCGCUUGAAGGGCGAGAAGACGGACCUGGUGAGCCAGAUGCAGCAGCUGUACGCCACGCUGGAGAGCCGCGAGGAGCAGCUGCGAGACUUCAUCCGCAACUACGAGCAGCACCGCAAGGAGAGCGAGGACGCCGUCAAAGCGCUGGCCAAGGAGAAGGACCUGCUGGAGCGCGAGAAGUGGGAGCUGAGGCGGCAGGCCAAGGAGGCCACAGACCACGCGGCGGCGCUGCGCUCCCAGCUGGACCUGAAGGACAACCGCAUGAAGGAGCUGGAGGCCGAGCUGGCCAUGGCCAAGCAGUCCUUAGCUACGCUGACCAAGGAUGUCCCCAAGAGGCAUUCCCUCGCCAUGCCUGGCGAGACGGUACUCAACGGCAGCCAGGAGUGGGUGGUGCAGGCGGACCUCCCGCUGACCGCAGCCAUCCGGCAGAGUCAGCAGACCCUCUACCACUCCCAUCCUCCCCACCCCGCAGACCGGCAAGCGGUCAGGGUGAGCCCCUGCCAUUCACGGCAGCCUUCUGUCAUCUCUGACGCAUCUGCUGCUGAAGGUGACCGAUCGUCCACACCCAGUGACAUCAACUCUCCACGACACCGGACACACUCCCUCUGCAACGGCGACAGUCCCGGCCCAGUUCAGAAGAACCUUCACAACCCUAUUGUACAGUCACUAGAGGAUCUUGAAGACCAAAAACGGAAAAAGAAGAAAGAGAAGAUGGGAUUUGGCUCCAUCUCCCGAGUGUUCGCCAGAGGAAAACAGCGGAAGUCCCUCGACCCGGGCCUCUUUGAUGGUACCGCCCCCGAUUAUUACAUAGAGGAGGACGCGGACUGGUGAUAGCCCGCCGCCCUUCGCCCGCUGCCCGCGGGGGGGGUGUGUGUCUACGUGUGCGUGUGUCUACGUGUGCGUGUGUGGGGGUGAGCAAGCGUGAGUGGGUGGCGUGGGGGCUGUGUGGGGUGUGUGCGCGCACGUGUGUCCUCACGUGGGUGUGUGUGGCCGAGUGCCUCCAACAGGCAAAAACUCCAGUGUGACCCCUCCCCCCCGCGUCGCCACCUCUGUAAUUGAUGUACAUACCGCAAACCGUGCGUGACUCUUGUCAACUCUGUUGUCUCCGAGCGAUACACUCGUGUUUGUUAAUCUCGUUUUGUUUUCUUUUUUUUUUUUUGUUUCAAUGUUUGGUUUUUGUUUUUCUUUACUGUUUGGUUCGUUAGUUUCCCUCUCCCCUCCCCCUCCCAUGCCCUCCCUUCUCCCCCUCCCCUCCUCCCUUUGACCAAACUUGAGAACUUGAAGGACUGCUGUGUACUUGUAAAUAACAAACGGUGUGCACUCCGUGCUUGUACAUGUCCCGCGUCCAGCCCCCCCUCCCGCAGCCCAUCUGGCCGAGGAUGUGGUCUGUGCUCCCUGUCCCUUCCUCCAGUCCCCCAGUGUGAACGUGUGGGACCAGACCCUGUUCUCGGCGGUGCGCCUAAGUCACUUUAACCACACAAUGCCAUCUCCGUCAGGGUAAGGUCACUCUCUGCAACCGACUCGCGAGUCCAGCCAGCCAAAGGGCCUUGGCUUGGCUGUGUUCGUAAGGGGUCAAAUGGGCUCUUUUUAAUGGCCUGCCUGUUUUUAAAUUGUUUUGCUAUUUCUUUCUUUAUGGAAAAAAAAAGAAAAGAAAACUGUUGCGUUUAAUUUAUUUGCACAAAUGCAGAAAACAUAUUCUAUCUAAAUUAUUACGUAAAUAACGGAAUGUAUAUUUUUCCACGGGGCGGGCGGGGGCGGGCAUUUCUGCUGAGUUUAUUCUGUGUUCAUGCCGCUGCUGCCACUGCGCAAGGUAGAAUUAGGAUGGCUAGAACCGGGCACCUCGGGUUACCAGCUUACUUGUUCUCCUUUUUCUGUCUCUCCCGGCUGCUGUCCUUGCAUGAGAGGGCUCCCACUUUCUUCCCACCACCUUCUUCUCCGGCCUUGCUCUCUCUCUAUAUAUAUAUAUAUUUAUUUAUCUGACAUACAGAUAUGUCUCACUUCAGUGAGAAGAACACGGUCCCCUUCUCUUGGGCCUGUCUUGGGAGAGAGGUUGAGUCCAUGGAAGGGCAUCCUGGGGCACAUCCACAGGGUCUGUGACCAAAGAGACUUGAGCUUGAGUCCACUUACAAGGGGCCUCGGGAUGGCACCCACAUCCUCCCUGCACCUGUGUCCUUCCCAGCUUUGGGUUACUCUGCACGUGAGCCAGUCAGGUGCCUUGCUUGGGUGGAGGUGCCCACCUUCUGGGGAGGACUGCUGGGGGCAGUGUCCAAUAGGGGAGCCCUCUGCCCCCCAUUUGCAUUCAGUUCCUUGGGCCACACAUAGGUAGCCUGUCUUGGGUUCUCCUGUGCCCAGUCCUCCAGUUUCCUAGGCACCCAAGCCAGGCUCACCCCAGAAGGGUUGGCAGGUGCCUCGGGCCAAUAGCCAACUGGGGAGCCAUAUUGGCCCCAAGAAAUUUCACCAGCAUAGGAACUGGGUGCAUUCUGCCACCAGGGUGUAGAGAAACCUUGAGCUGCCAGCCAGGUCCACCCCACCCCCGGAACUCAGUUACCGGUUGCUUCCGCUCUGUUGUCCCUUUCACUUACUCCUCAAUGGCUAACAGCUUCAUGCACACGCCCUCGGGGCCACAGUAGUGGCCUCUACUAACAGCAACAUUUUCAACUCUUAAAAAAAAAAAUAGCAAGGAGAUUUUUAAAUGCUGGAGAUCCUGGAACAAAUAGGAUUUCUUGUCCAAAGUCUCUAAAAACAAACUGAAACGCCCCUGUCAGCACCACCCCCUUCCCUUCCGACCUGGCCUGGAGGCUGGGAGAGAGCACGCGGGGAUUGUUGCUUAGACCUUCCUCGAUCUCUUUGCUUAGCUGAUUAACCAAGCCUAGUGGUGAGGGAGCAUGGCCAGAGCUGGCUUUAGAGAGAGAUCUUUAGAAAACACUUUUCUCCCUCUCCCCACUUGAAGUUAUUAUUAUUAUUAUUAUUAUUACUAUGAAUUACCAGUUUAUUUUUAUGGUUUUUUCCCUUUAUUUACAAGAAAACAAGAUUUUCACCACUCCUAGUAAUGAUUUUUAUUAGUUCCUUUCAUUUCAGUUUUUGUAAAUUAGGAGAUAAUUCUGAGAGUUAGUAAGGGUGGUUUAUUUAAGAGGACUACGUCAAAUAGCGAAUGAGUUAUGGGAAACAUUAGAUGAAAAUAACCUUUUCCCGAGGGAGAGGUUUCUCGAAGGCAUGGAUGCAAAUAUAAAAUAUUUAAAAAAAAAUCUAAAUAAAGCUUAUUUUAAAAUAUGA